UGUGCAACUUAUGGCUUGCAACUUAUCUGCUGCAUGCUGUUCUCAUCGUAGUCCAAGACGGAGCCAGAGAGGUAAAACCGAGACUUUUGAAACAUGAGUGCCGGGAGACAGGCUUUCAGAGUUUUUGCAGGUGGUUUUACUCUCGGAGUUGGCGGAUCAUUAGCAUUUUUUGAUAAUAUAGGAUAUUUUGCAACCGUCUCUGGAAAAUCGAUGCAGCCUGUUUUAAAUCCUGAUAACGCCAAGCAAAGGGAUGUUCUCUUUCUGAGUCGAUGGGCAGUACGUGAUUACAACAUUGAGAGAGGAGAUGUUGUCUCAUUGAUCUCUCCACAUCAUCCAAGGGAAGUUUUGAUUAAAAGGGUCAUUGCCUUGGAAGGAGAUACAAUCAGAACCUUGGGAUACAAAAACCGUUAUGUGACUGUACCAGAGGGCCACUGCUGGUUAGAAGGCGACCAUCGAGUAGUCAGUCUGGAUAGUAAUUAUUUUGGACCAAUUGCUCUUGGGCUUCUACAUGCCAAAGCCAGUCAUAUUGUAUGGCCAUUCAGUAGAUGUCAGAAAGUAGAGUCCUUGCAACCAGCAGAUAGACCUAUCUUGAUGGGAGAGAGUCUAGCUGCAGCCCUAGUAGAGAUGUUUGUUGCUAAUGAGAACUCUUUAAGUGUUGAACUACAAGACGAGUUUGGAAUAAUCGGGGACAAGACAUAACAUCACGCUUUCUUGUGGGAGCUUUAUAGCCAGUAACAUGAAUAAUCUGCUACUCUUGGAGUAUGUCAUUUGUCACCAGUUGUGCCAUCUACGUGAUUCUUGAAUUAUACAUCUGCAGCUGAUGGUUUUCAAAAGAGCAACUAGGUCGACUAUAUCUGACUUUUUUGAGUUUCUCGUUUAUGGUUUCUCAGUCCUGCCAGGAUAACUCCCAUAAAGUAAACUAUUUUCAUUCAGGAAAUUUCAAUAUUGUAUUAUUUCGAGAUUAAGCAACAUUACUGGAACCUGAACUUUGCAUUGUUAGUGUGUAAAGUCACUGUAAACAAUUUCAUCUGUGAGGUAUUCACAUUGGAAUGAUCCUGUCUUAACACAAAAAGCAGAGGGAAAUCAGCCUUGGGGGGUAACCUCGCUGUGCAUAAUGACAACUAUUCACAAGGACCAAUAUUCAUAACGUGUAUCUUCCUAUACGUGAAGGACUGCUAUUCACGAAACGAAAAGGGGGUACUAUUCAUGAAGGCAUAAGGACUGUUGUUCAUAACGUGGGAUGAGGGUCGCUAUUCAUAAUUCACAUUGAGGGUCAUUACUCAUAAGGACGGCUAUUCAUAAUACAAUAUAGGGGUCACUAAUCAUAAACAUGAAGAAGGGGCGCUAUUCAUAAUUUACAUCGGGGGUUACUACUCAUAAGGACUGCUAUUCAUAAUACGUAUUAUGUAGACUACCUCUCGUAUUAUGAAUAGCGACCCUCUUCUCGUAUUAUGAAUACGGUAGUGACCCCUAUGAAUAUAAACAACUUUGAUUUUGUAUUAUGAAUAGCGACCCUCUUCUCAUAUUAUGAAUAUUGACCCUCUUCUUAGAUUAUGAAUAGCGGUCCUUAUGAAUAAUAACCCUUUUCUUAAAUUAUGAAUAGCGAGCGGACCCCGUCUCGGGAGAGUUAUACGUGUCUUGAAAUUAGUGGGUGUGAGGGAGAUUAUGGAAUGUAUGCCACUCCCUUCAGACAUAAUGCUUGCAAUUUACAUGCAACUGUUCAUGUUCAUAUUCAAUAGAGGUGAUACAAAUUCAUCAAUAAACAAUCUGUGCUUUUUAUAGGAAUGCAUCUAAUCUACCUCUGGUUAAUCACAUUUCAUAUACUCAAAGAUAAUUUAGCCUUAAAAAAACCAUCAAAGAUGUGAUGAGGAAUCAGGAAUAGUUCAGGUUUAGUUCCACUGUUUAACAGACUCAUUGAGCCUUUUUUGGACAAUGUCCUUGGCUGAUAUUUAUUAAAGUGUACCACCUUUAGUCCACUGAUUUAUGGAGUUAUGUCAACUUUCGCAUCCUGUAAAAAAUACCUGAUUUUGUAAACAAAAAUCAUACCAACAUGAAGAAAAAAAAGAUAGUUUUCUUUUUAUGACUGGAUUCAUAUUGUUAAUGGAUUUUGUGACAGCAUUACAGCAAGGUUUUACAAAAUGAAGAAAAUAUCACUUAGCAUUCCACAAACCUGUGGGCUAAAGUAAACCUGGUUUGAAUUCAAGGCAUUGUGAACUAAAUUACUAGAGUAUAAACAUGUUUCCCAGGAGACUGGGGAAUAACAUCCAACUUAUCCAAGAGACUUGGUAGAAUACAUGACGUAAUUCAUCCAUUUACAGCCAGAUGGGUAUACACUGUGUGAAACUAAGAUAUGAUGUCCCUCUGGCUUUAAACAGACAAAUUGGUGCUUAAGGUAUUUUGUGCAAAUGAAUGAUUUCUUGUGUGCACUUUAAAGUGUGUUGUUGAUGAUUUCAUGACAUGAAUGAAGUUUUAAAGUGAAUGAAUAAUAAAGAUGUUUUAUAUACCAG